CCUCAGACUGGCUGACUGAUUGCAGCAGUUGUAGUCCUUGUGUUUGCUCGCCACCUAGCGGGAACAGUUGGAAAUUGGCACUUUAACACUUUUUAAUCUGCCAGGGGCCAUUUUGAUCCGCACGGCGGUGUUACCACACGGCUGACUGGUGUGAGUAAUGUGUAAGACAUCAAUAAACAAGAAAAGACACAAACAUGGGAGAAUAAACAAACAGCACCUUGAAUUGGGCACGGGUGGUUGCAGCCAGAGCGCCCCCCCCCCAAAGCAACUUAACUGCUGCGCAUCGGAGCAGGCAGUAAUUGGGCAGCGGAGAUCCACAGCAGAUGAGAGCAUUUCAUGUCCAGCCUGCCCAGGAAUCACUGUGACCCCGACGGAAAGGAGUUCGACUUGACAGGAUGGGGGGAGUAAGUGAAGGAGAUGAUGUGUUGGCUCGAUGGAGUGAUGGACUACUGUACCUCGGCAAUGUGAAAAGAGUAGACGGAGUCAAGCAAUGUUGUCUGGUGAGAUUUGAGGACAACUCGGAGUUCUGGGUACUGAGAAAGGACAUCCACUCAUUCGCUGCUGGAGUGGAAGAAGUUUGCUGUAUUUGUGACGCUCCGCCUCUUAAAGAACCCCUCAUAAAUUGUCUUAAAUGUCGCCACGGUUAUCAUCCAGAGUGCCACACGCCAACCAUCGAACCGGAAGCUGACAGCGAUUCGUGGAUAUGUCGGCAAUGUGUCUUUGCAGUCUCAACCAAGAGAGGCGGGGCCCUCAAACGGGGACGCUUCGCCCGGCUCAUGCAAUUUAUGAAACUCCGGCUUCCCUACCAGCUGUCGUCUUUAGACUGGGACCCGCAGCAUCUGACCAAUCAGCAACAGUGUUACUGCUACUGUGCCGGACCUGGAGAGUGGAACCUGAAGAUGUUGCAGUGUGGAAGCUGUGGUCAGUGGUUCCACGAGGCCUGCACACAGUGUCUAACCAAGCCAUUACUGUAUGGAGACAGGUUUUAUCAGUUCCAGUGCUCAGUAUGUACAAAGGGGCCAGAGACCAUCCAAAGACUACCCAUGACCUGGGUGGAUUUGGCUCAUUUAGUGCUCUACCAUCUCUCGCUGUGCUGCAAGAGGAAAUACUUUGAUUUUGACCAUGAAAUCCUGUCCUUCACCAAUGAGAAUUGGGAGUCGUUGCUCCUAGGCGCGCUCUCUGACACGCCAAGGCAAGACCGCUGUCACAAUCUCCUCAACGCUCUGAACUCCCACAAGGACAGGUUUGUCUCUGGCAAGGAGAUCAAGAAGAAGAAGUGUCUUUUUGGACUUCAGGUCCGGGCCCCACCUCCGCUGACGUCCGAUUCGUCGCCCCUCAUCACCGACCCACCUAUCAACAUCACGCACCGGAGAAGGUCAGACCCGUUGUCACUACCCUGCCAGAGGAGAGUGGGGGGGACAGAUUCGCGUAAAUCAAAGCGUCGCAUCAUGGAGACACAGGCUUGUCCACCCCCAGUUGCUGCCAACCCCAUUGAGCUACUGCCAUGUUGCCAUGGCUACAUGGGAGGGGCCAGCCUUUACAACUCCAGGAAGUCAGAGGAGGAGCUUAGUUUGAGCUCUCCACCCAAGCGGAUGUAUGCCCUGUACCACACCUCGUACAAUGGAAAUACUGCACUCUCCAGGAGCCUCCAUCACUACAACAGCGUGGAGGACACCUGCAGAUUACCACCACCUUGCUUCCCAUACCCCCUCAACUCCAAUGGCAGCCAUCACCACCAGCACCUCCACCAGCACCAUCACAGCCACCAACAUAACCACCAACAUAACCACCAACACAACCACCAACACAACCACCAACAUAACCACCAACACAACCACCAACACAACCACCAACACCAGCAGGGGCAAAAACAGCUGGAGCCCCUCAUCCUGCGGGAUCUGCCCCCUUACCAGGCCGGCAUGGGCGGAGGAGGUGGUGCAGGUGGAGGAGGCGGAGGGGGAGGAGGUGGCGGCGGCGGUGGAGGUGUGGUAGUUGGAGGUGGGGAUGGGACAGUGGCCAGGAGCUGGGGAGGAGGGGAGGCGGUGAGGAUCUUGGCGAGACGUGUCACGCCAGACGGGAAGGUGCAGUACCUUGUGGAGUGGGAAAAUGUGAGUUUAUACUGACACAAAGAGAGUAAACACGAGACGCAAUGACUGUUUUGCAGUUGCCACAGGAAUACUGUGUAUGUAAUAUGUGGCAGUGUUUAAAGUACAAACAAAACAGAAAGAAAAAAAAAUUCCUACACGUUGCAAAUCCAGGUUGCUCUCAUAGUAUCACCUCUAUUCUACAUCAUUAUAGCUCACUACUCGUUACUAAAUGUCCCUCUUUGCUAGUGUUUCUCUGAUAUUUGUACUGUUAACUUUGGAAUAUGCCUUUGCAUUUAUCAUGUUUUACAGUGAUGAGGGAAGAUAUUUAAACCUCCUUAUUACUUGUAAAUCUUUGGGCCACAUCAAGAAGAACGUGUCUUUGAUUGUACUCAUAUCUGGAACAGUGUAGUACUUAAGAAAAGAUAGAUUACUGCUUUUUCAUUGCAAAAGUAAGAACAGAAAAAAGAAAUACUGAGAAGGUUUAAAGUGUUAUUUAAUCUGUUACUUUGAUUUGUUAUGUUAUUCUACAUGAAUACAAAUUUUUAGUUUGUCAUUCAGACUACAUGCGGCUAAUUUAAAGUAAUAGGUUGACAUUUUAGGAAACACUCUUGUUUAUUUUCUUUCCGAGAGUAAGAUUAGAAGACUGAUACCUCUCUCAUGUCUGUAUGGUAAAUAUGGAGAGUCAGUUUAGUAUAAAGACUGGAAGCAGGGGGAAACAGCUACCCUGGCUCUGUACAAAGGCCUUUCAGUACUUCUAAAGCUCACAAAUAAACAGUGAUUUGUUUUGUGAUCAUGCCCUGGAUAAGACAACAGGAAGUCACUGCAAGAAAUAGUCCUACCUGUUUCCUCCUGCUUAGUCUUGAUGCUAAGCUAAGCUAACCAUCUCCUGGCUGUAUCUUCAUAUGUAAUGGACAGACAUGAAAGUGGUCUUGAUCUUCUUUGACAACUUUGUACAAGAAAGCAAAUAAGCAUAUUUUCCCAAAAUGUGGAACCAUUUCUUUAAGAAAAAAGAUAAAUAAGUCAGCUUGAUAUGAGUUACCUUUUUUCAAAUUAAAAUAAUUUACAUUUAUUUUAAUGUUUUUCCAGCAUUUCAAUGACUACAUUUUAAUGUGUAGUUUGACCUUACUUUGUAUUGAAUUAUAAUCAUUCAAAUGUUGUUGAAACACUGAUUGUCUGAGUGUCUGAGUGUCAAAAAUUGUUCACUUUUCAAACCAAAUUCAGCCCAGUUAUAGUCUAGAGCAAGGGUUGACAAUCUUUACUAUCAAACAAGCCAUUUCUGACCCAAAACAUUAUAAUAAUCUGCCACAAAACUUGAUUAUAAUGUUCAUUUCUCACCACAGAUCAAGCACAUCGGUAAAGUGGCAGUGCUGAUGGUGAGAGCAAAUGAAUCUGCCCAUGCACUAUGAAAUUCUCUAUUUUACUUUUCUUUUUUGGAUUUGGAAUCUAUUGCUAGCUUAUCUAGGGAGACUGAAGACUAGGAGCCACCUCUAUUGAGGAAAAGGCACCACGGUGUAAUGGCAUUUUUACAAUUGGAGAAUGUAAGAAUCACCUUAGGCCUACAACAAUGAUAAAAGAGAGUAAAAAUGUUAAAAAAUAAUUUAUUUUAUUAAUUUCCACAUAAUUUUUUGCUAAAGCCGCAGGGAGCCUCGGGAGAUCGGCAAAAGGCCGCUGCAGGUGGCCCUAGUGUCUAGACAUCUAGACAUUUAAUUGUGGGUACUUCAAAAAGUAACGUUUCCCAGCAUUUGAUACCCAAGGGGUGAGUAAGCAAAACAGCCGGUAGCCAACACCACACUUCCAUCAUCCUUCACUGUAAUAAUUGCUCAUUCAUCAACUGACGGUUAAUGUUCACGUGGAGUUCAGUGAGAAAAUUAGCCCAGAAAUUAACAGUGAUGAAUGGUCCCUCAUCAGAGAGAGGCAUGACGACAGCUGGGUGGUGGCUACUGGCUGCUCAUGAAAAAGCAGUAACCUUUUAUUGGCAAGGAAGAGACAGAGCAGUGCAGCAUGUCUUAUACAAUAUUUUGUACGCCACACAGAUGGUGGUUUAAUGCCCUGCUUAAGGGCACUUUGACAGUAGUGGUUGAGAGAUUCCAGCUAAAGGCUCCCAGCGCUUUCAUCUACUCAGACACCAGCUUGUCUGAGUUUGGCUUCAUGAAAAAAUAAAUUCUCUGGAGGUUUUCAUAUUUUUUCCUCAUCGCAGUAUGUUAAUAAGAGAUUGUAUACAUGUUAUUACGGGGUUACUUAUUUGUUAUGUUAGAUUUUGUCAUAAUUUACAUUUAGACUACUGUAUGUAUUAGAAAUAGGAGCCACAAGAGGGCUUUUGUUUUAUAGAUAGAAUUAUAUAUUCACAAUAUAUUGCUAUGAUCAAAUAACUUUAUUUUAUUUUUUUGACGUGGUUGCAUAGUGCCUAUAUGGGUUGCGUACCUGCUGAUUGGUCUGCUGACCCGAGUCGACCAAUCAGACCACAGACAGAUGAGCGAGGCCAUAUUGCCACUAAAUAAGAGUAUGGCUUUUUAUCAAGUUGACAGAUACUGUACAACUACAUGGGUAAACAAGGACCACUUAUAAUGUUGAGUAGAGUUUUUUUUAAUCAGAAACAGACUGUGAUGUUACUGUACAUUCCAAACAAACAACAAAAAAGAAAUAUAUAUGUUACUGAAAUGUCUGUUUGAAGUCAUCAGAAUGGAAAUUACGUUGAAAGAACGGGUUUUUUUUCUUUUGUUUUUCGAUGAGUGUUAAAUGUCAUAAAGAUCAGCUAAAGGUCCAGCCGCUCUACAGCUGGCGUUCAGUUUCAUGUCGUGGGGAGUUCAAUCCUUGCGUUCAAAGUAACAGUACAGAAGAGAAGACACUGAUAGGCCCAACUCCUAACUCAAACCCAUAAUAUCUUCCAGGGUCUAACAGUCUAUAAUUUAAAAGGUACAACAUGGCAUUAAGCACGAAUUCAUAAGUCAAGGCUCGACUGAUCUUCUCAGAUGUGUUUAUAGACUCAAGUGAGGUGCUGAAGUUGGAUUUUAUCUUUGUGCAAACAGGUUACACAAAUCUAGAAUACUGUGGUGCAAGUUUCAGAGUUUAUAUUUUAUACAGAGGUUUAUUUCAGCAAUCUGUUGCGAUAAAACGUCCACAACAUUUACAUUUAUCAGUUUUGUCUUUGAAGAAAGACUGUAUUACAGGUUUAGUUGAAAAAAGCAAAAGACAAAUACAGCAUUUAUACUGUUAUGAUCAAACCAAUGCAAAAUUCUCAGAUUUUAUUUAAGUACCGACCUCUCUGUUGAACUAUCUCCUGCACCUUUUGCGUACAUUUCAGGCCAGUGAAAUGAUGUUGCAUUGCAAUUUUCAUCCUCCUCAGUGACUAUUUGACUGUAGUUUAUUAGGAAGGCGUGUGUUGAACCUUUCUAGGCGAUGGUGAUGAAUGUAUUUGUGUGUUUUCUAUGGUAUGUCUAUACCCGUCAAGUGCUUGUUAUAGGUUGUACCCUUGGUGGAACUCAAAUUGAUAAGUUUAAAAACAAAAUAGGAGGAAAUAAAGACAUCAACAUUGAGGAAUAACAUUUAUUUUGGGAGAGGUAGUCUUCUUUUUUUUGGAUUAGUAGUCAAGUCCAAGUUCAGUUUGAUGUAUUUUUGGAGAAAUUACGUUUGUACAUGUAUACUCUGCGUUGACACCUAGUAUGUAACAUGAAUAAUAAAAAAAGUUUCACCUCGUACAA